CUUCGGAAUUGGCAACCCAUUGCCCUUAUCAACACUGAUGCUAAGGUCUUCACUCGUCUUCUUAACUCUCGCUUGAUCUCGGCUGCCACUCCUCUUGUCAAUCCCUACCAAACUGGCUUUGUUCAAGGACGAUUUAUUGCUGAUAAUAGGAUGCUCACUUGA